ACAGUUUCAAUGAAUUAGAGUCCAACCGAUUGUCCGAAUUAUUCAAAGCCUCUAAGGUUUUCAACUAUAAGACAAUGCAAACAAAAACGUUAACUGAGAUCAUAAAUCUGAAACAAAUAAACAUAGUCUGCAGCACAAUGUUGGACAAGGAUGUGCUGGAUUUGAUCCAAUUUACCAAAUCGUUGACAUCGUUUAAAAAUAUGUGUUUCAACGACCAAAUGGCACUUUUUAAGUACGGAUGCCUUGAGAUACUAAUACUUCGCUGCUCUAUAUCUUACGAUACUAACACUGAAUAUUGGAAAUGGGUCUGGUUGUCGGCAAUAAUACUGUUUAACCCGAAUCGACCCAAUAUUUUGCACAGAGAUGUCGUUAAAGCUGAACAGCAAUUGUAUAUUUAUUUACUGCAACGCUAUCUGUAUCUGAGAUAUCGAUCGGAAGUGGAGACACACAUGAAAUUAGCGAAACUUAUGGAUCCGUUAAAGGAUUUACAGAUUAUUUGUGACAUUGAGAAGGAAAAUUGUCUGGAUGGAAUUGGUCCUAUUCUUAAGGAGAUUCUGUACGAUAUCACAGCUAAUUAAUUCAGCCAAUUAUUUUAUUAAUAACUAUAUUAUUUUA